AUGUCUUUCACCAAUACACCUGUCACUCGGCUCGGUGUGGUCGGCCUGGUAGCUGGCUCUAUCAUCGCGAGUGUUCUUGACGUCAAGCACUACUUCUACAUUCUCAUCGACACACACAUAUGGAGAUACCGGCAAUUCUGGAGAAUCUUGGCCUACCAGCUAUGCUAUGUCAACUCCACAGAGGUACUUUUUGCUGCCAUGUCGUUAUACAACCUUCGCAUCGUUGAGAGAAUGUGGGGUUCUCGCAAGUUCGCUUCCUUCCUGACUGUCACUUUCUUCAUCACCUCCAUCAUACCGCCUGUUGUCUCGAUGGUAUUGCGGCCUCCCGCUGCUGGAUGGUUCAACUACAUCCCGGCUGGACCAACUCCUAUUAUCUUUGCUAUCCUAGCUCAGUAUCAUGCCAUGGUUCCGCACAUGUACAAGUAUCGAGUUGCCACGUCUGAGGCACCUCCCACCGACCGACCAUUCGUUGGUCUCACGUUCUCGGAUAAGUCCUACAAGUACGCCAUUGCGUUGCAUCUCGCACUCUUGCAAUGGCCAGGUUCGGUCCUGGGUGCAGCCACUGGAUGGAUUGUUGGAUACUCGUGGCGGGAAGGACUUCUCCCAGCUGCCCUUGUGCGCUGGCGAGUGCCGGGUUGGGUUGUAGGACUAAGCUCUCAUAGACGAAGUGCCGAGUUUGAAGGCCUUAGACGUCGACUCGAGGACGAGAACUCGACAACAGCUGUUGCAACCGGAGCUCAGGCUUCAACGGAGAGCCAGGCAGAGCGCCGGAGAACGAUGGGGCAGCAAAUCAUGGAUCAAGUCCGAGAGGUGCUUUAG